AUGCCCAUAUUUUUCAAUUUCCUGCUUUCUCUUUCUCUCUUUCUCGCAGUUUCUUUUGCAGUUGAUAGCACAAGUACCUUCCUCAAUUUAAACGAUGGCAGAACUUUUGUUUCUAAAAGAGGAAUCUUUGAGUUGGGUUUCUUCAGUCCAGGCACUUCCACGAAUCGUUACCUCGGAAUUUGGUACAAGAAAAUCCCAGUUCGAAAGGUCGUUUGGGUCGCAAACAGAUGCAGCCCAAUUAAUGAUUUCUCUGGCUUGUUGACUAUAAACAGCACAGGCAAUCUUGUGCUUCUGAAUCAGAACCAUAGUGUGGUUUGGUCGACAAACUCAUCGAAAGCGGCCAAGAAACCAACACUAGAGCUUCUAGAUUCAGGGAAUCUUGUACUAAGAGAUGAGGCAGACAGAAACUCAGAGACUAAUUUUUUGUGGCAAAGUUUUGACUACCCAGGAGAUACAUUGUUACCAGGGAUGAAAUUUGGAUGGGACUUCAGAAAAGGUCUUAAUAAGCUGUUAUCAGCAUGGAAGAAUUGGGAUGACCCUUGUUCUGGAGACCUCAGUUUGGUCAUGGAGGCUAAACAUGACAUUUAUCCGCAAGCAUAUAUACAGAAGGGCACCGAAACGCAUUUCCGCUCUGGACCGUGGAACGGCAUUGGUAUUAGUGGCUCGCCAGAGAUAAGGCCUAAUCAACUUUUUGAUUACCAUCUUGUUUUCAAUGAUAACGAGACAUAUUACAUGUAUACCCUCAAGGACAACUCCGUAAUCAUGAUAAGUGUCCUGAAUCAAACAAAUAGAGUGUUUCAAGGACUUAUAUGGAUGGAAGGAGACCAGAGUUGGAAGCUGUACUCUGAAGCUCCUAGGGAUGAUUGCGAUAACUACAGUCGCUGCGGAGCCAAUGGGAAUUGUGUCAUAAGUCAGACUGCAGUGUGCCAAUGUUUGAAAGGAUUUAAGCCCAAGUCCCAACAAAAAUGGGAUUUAAGGGAUUGGUCUGAAGGAUGUGUCCGCAAAAACCCGCUGAAUUGCCCAGAAGAAAAAUAUAAAGAUGAAGAUGGUUUUGCGAAACUUGUUGGCAUAAAAAUUCCCGAUACUAGAAAUACUUGGUUCAACGACAGUAUGAACUUAAAGGAAUGCAGGGUCAAAUGCUUGAGCAACUGUUAUUGUGUGGCUUACUCAAACCGCAAUAUCAGAUAUGGAACAGGCUGUCGCAUCUGGUUUGGUGAUCUUAUGGACAUGAGAGAACUUUCUGAUACUGAACAAGAGCUAUAUAUUCGAAUACCAGCUUCGGAACUAGAAAUAGAAAAAGCAGCUCGUAAGUUGGGAGCGAUAAUAGUUGUAUCAGUUCUUGGACCACUUUCUGGGAUGCUCCUAGUUGGCUUUUACUUUUGCAGGAAAACAUUGAAAGGGAGAAAUAAAAAAACAAGUCGAAAAAACAGAGCAAAAGACCAAGAAUUUGAGCUGCCAUUGUUCAGCCAAGAUACAAUAAGUAUAGCUACAAAUAACUUCUCAAUGGACAACAAGAUCGGAGAAGGUGGUUUCGGACCUGUGUACAGAGGUAUGCUUGAAGAUGGACAAGAGAUCGCUGUGAAGAGGCUCUCAUUGAGCUCUCGCCAAGGCAUAAAUGAGCUUAAAAAUGAAGUAAUACUAAUCGCCAAGCUUCAACAUCGGAAUCUAAUAAAGCUUCUUGGUUGUUGCAUUGACAAAGAAGAGAAAUUGCUGGUUUAUGAAUAUAUGCCCAAUAAAAGCCUGGACUAUUUUAUUUUUGAUCAGGAGCAAAGUAAAUUAUUACAAUGGCCAAAGCGUUUCGAAAUUAUAUGCGGUAUUGCUCGAGGGCUUCAAUAUCUCCACCAGGAUUCCAGAUUGAGGAUUGUUCAUAGAGAUCUCAAAGCUAGCAAUAUUUUGCUAGAUAAAGAGAUGAAUCCUAAAAUUUCAGACUUUGGUUUGGCUAGAACUUUUGGAGGAGACCAAUCCGAAGGAAAGACAAACAGAGUAGUAGGCACUUAUGGUUACAUGGCACCGGAAUAUGCUUUUCGCGGUCUAUUCUCAACAAAAUCCGACAUUUUUAGCUUUGGUAUUAUGGUACUGGAGAUUGUAAGUGGAAAGAGAAGUGUAGGAUUCCACCAUAAGAACAAUGCCAGCCUUACCAUCAUUGGACAUGCAUGGGCAUUGCUAAAAGAAGGAAGGCCACUUGAACUAAUCGAUGCACACUUGAGGGAUUCAUAUGACAACCUACAGGAAGUAUUGCGUUGCAUACAUGUUGCUCUAUUAUGCGUGCAACAACGUCCAGUGGAUAGACCAAGCAUGUUGGCUGUCAUUCUCAUGUUAGGUAGUGAGAGUAUGCUGCCUCAGCCAAAACCACCAGGCUAUUUCAUCGAAACUGAUUCGCAUGGAGAUCAUUCCUCUAGUAAGCCAAAGGCAUCGUCGAAAAACACUAUGACGAUGACAAGAUUCAUGGGUCGGUAAGACUAUUUAUCAGGUCAACUUUGCGUAUGUGCUUUGCACUUGAUGAUAUCUUACAGUUUAAGAAACACCGAGUGGACAAAAUAUUUGUCACAAGUGUUGUACGUAGUGAUAUAUAUAGCUAAUAGUGAUGAGGAAAUUUAUAAUUUGUUUCUACAUGACAAACUGGACAUUCGGGUUCAUUCUCAAACUCCUUUCGAUACAAAAUACAAUAUUGAGACGAGGUUGAUUUUUCUUGUAUUUCAUU